CUGUGUUGGCUAUCUCACUGAGAGUGGUCGAAAGGGCAGGUAGGAAAAACGACCUGAUCACGCUUCCUGAGAAAGAUCAGCUCGUUUCGGCUGACGAAGAAAGAAUUAAAACCGUGGGAAGAAUGACCAAUGUCGCUUUCCGAUUGGGUAAAGUGCAUGCGCUUGGGGAUGUCGUAGUACUAGAUGUCAAUACGUACGACAUUCUCUUCGGACUUCCCGCUCUUGUGGCAUUACGAGCAAACCUGGACUUCGAACGACGAUCGAUCAUCCUCCGAAAUACCGGGGGAAAACCCUACGCUGUGCCCAUGCGAUUGACCCUUCGCACUACUAUUAACGCGGUUCCGCGGGUUUCGCCGAUGAUGGCAGGAACUCUCCGCAUGAUCUCCUGGGAGAAAUCCGCAAAAGAGAAGUCAUCAACAAAUGAUGCGGAAAGCAGUGACGAGGAUGAUCCGGAGAUCUUGAAAUUGGCACGACAACGUGUUUGUUACCCGCCACCCAAAACGAUAGCGAGAACGAUGCAACUAACCAGCAAAAAAAUUCAAAGGACCAAGGCGAUGAUCUUGGGUGAGCCCCUCGUGCAGAUUUCGAGGAUGGUCGAUUAUUUGGAACCCCCUCAAACUCUGUACGAAGGAAUCAUCCCUCUCCUCGCCCGGUACAGCGACAAGAAGCAUUACCGUGACAUUACGGAUCUACCCAAGUCCUUACUAACCUCGGCUAAAGAAGUGAGAUUGUUACGCUUGGGGGCGAAAGCAAGCUCUCUGGAACCCCCUGGGCGUUUUGAAGCGGAAAUAGACGGACUGGGGAUAAAGAUCGCAACUAAGGAAGUGCCAUGGCAGGAUGUUUGUGACGGGAUUGCCCCGGAAGGACACGUGGCAAUCCGAGAAGAAGAUGCUCAGAUGAUGGUCACGGUGUUCUCCUGGCGAUCGGAUCAUUCAUUCAUCUUGGCGCCUCCACCCGACUUGACAAAACAGGCGAACACGAAACAGAUUGACGUUCGGAUCUGGGAUCAGCUUUGUGAACUGCACGUUCCACAAUAUGUGCCGGAUGAAAUUCACCGGGUAAUUGCGGAUAUUCUAACGGAAUAUCAAGGAGCGAUUAGUGUGUCAGACACUGACAUUGGGUUGUCGUUGGUAAUCCAACAUGAAAUUCAGACAGGAAAUCGCACCCCGAUUCAUUGCAAACCUUAUCGCUACUCCUUGAUUGAACGCAAAAAGGCUCUCGAACGAAUUCGGGAGUUUGAAGCCAGCGGCUGGAUUGAACCCGCUACCGGACCUUGGUCCUUUCCCGUGGUGUUAGUACCAAAGAAGAACGGAGCGAUUCGCAUUUGCAUUGAUUAUCGCAAGCUGAAUGAAAUCACGAUCAAAGAUGUGUAUCCCCUCCCCCGGAUUGAUGAUCUGUUGGAUGCGAUUGGAUGCGCUAAUUAUUUCAGCAAGUUUGAUAUCCGGCAUGACUUCCAUCAUAUUUUGGUAAGGGAAGAAGAUCGGUCGAAAACGGCCUUUGUGUUGUUUGAGGGCACGUGGCAGUGGGUUCGGUGUCCGAUGGGGAUUUGCAAUGCGCCUGCCACGUUUCAGCGAGCGAUGAACAUGACGUUCCAGAACUUCGUCAGCAAGACACGGCUGACGCAAGGAAUUAUUAACUUCUGCGUGAUCGUGUACAUGGACGACAUCCUGUUCUAUUCGGAAACCUAUCACGGGCACGCGCAACACAUCGAAUGGACAUUGGGUGCAUUGAGAGACGCUGGGUUCAAGAUUGYGCUURAGAAGAGCGAAUUUUUCYUCUCGRAAAUUUCGUUCUUGGGCUAUGUYGUGACACGUGGAGGAUUGCGGCCAGAUUCGAGAAAAGUUGCGGCGGUGAAGGAAGCUCCGGUUCCUACGUCACUGACGCAGGUUCGAGCCUUCUUGGGACUGGCGUCGUACUACCGRCGCUUCAUCAAKGGCUUUGCCGCGAUUGCACGACCACUAACKAAUCUGYUACGGAAGGACCAGCCUCUCAGCUGGGACGCGGAGUGCCAGCAGGCMUUUGCAACCCUCAAGGACGCUCUGGCAACGRCCCCUAUUUUGAUUCGACCGGACCCCUCGAAGCAGUUCAUUCUCAUCACGGACUGGCAACCGGAAGCUAUUUCCGCUAUCCUAGCGCAGAAGGGGAACGAUGAAUUUGUCGAGCUCUCGUUUUGCCUGCUACGAGUGGAUCUGAAAUGGAAGUGGGAAGGCGAUCAGAGGCCCGCAUCAGAGAUUGUGGAGUUGCUCGUCAUUCAGGCGUGGAGGACCAACGUGGCGGGAGAUCUUUUGGGAUUCGUCUUUGGAGCAGUGGAUCGAGAAAACCGAUCACAGAUCGUGCGUGAACUUACGAUCCUGAUCGCGCGAUUGGCCGACGAACUCCCUUUCGACAUCGUCUUCCAGAGCGACGAAGAACCCGUGCCACAUACCCUCUCAAGGACUCUCGCCCCGAGCCUCCAGUGGUCGGCUUGUAUCGAGGAGCGUUGGGCGAACGACCGUUUUCCCUCCCGUAGCGAGUACCUGGACGUCCACAGCCUAACUAAUCCCCGCUUCUUUCGGCAACCAACGACAUUCGAGUGGGCGGCGCUAAGAGCAAAAGAGGAGGCGGAAGAGGAAUCGGAAGGAGAAUUGAGGAGAGAGGCCGGGGAAGCAGCGGCCCGAUUGGCCGAGGACGAGGAAGAAGAGCGCGAACCAGAAGAAGAGUCGGCGAAAGCUGAAGCUGAAGAAGAAGAAGAAGAAGAAGAAGAAGAAAAAGAAGAAGAAGAAGAAGAGGAGGAGACUUCUUAGGACGAGGAAGAGGCCUGUAGCGAGUACAGCGAGGGCGAGCAAAGUGAGGAGGAGGACGAAGACGACGAAGAAGUGGAAAGCGGGGACGACCAGGAGCCAACGCACGACGAGCUCGAGUGGGUGCCAGGACCGGAAAGGCGAGAGGAGAACCCGGAGGCUGCUGCGCAGCGCAAAAAAGAGAUCGCAGAAGGAAAGCGGUUGGCGAUCGAUCCCGCACCGAACGAUCCUUUCAAGGAUCCCGAGCCGCCCAAGCCGGAACAUG